GAGCAGUUUUUUAGUUUUUUUUUAAGCAAGAAGUGACAUAUUUUCAGCGCAUAAUGAAAGAACAAUCGCAAAAUAUCGACGUUUUAAGAAGUAUUGAUUUCAGAUUCCUAUUUUCCUCCCAGAGGAUCGAAUUUCAUUUUCCGUUGUGCUUGAGCAACUUUAUGACAUCUUUUAUAUUAGUCAGUAUGGCCGGUAUUCAGAGUCGCAACUUAUAAGCUGGUGUGUAACCAUAUUGUAUUAACGAUGGGUCAGAAAACCUGACCCCCCCCCCCUAAAUACAGAAAUCCUACGCCUAUGUAGCGUGCGACGUCACAUCCAAACGUUGGCGUGACGAAACGAAAGCGUCAAACGGUGGGGAACUGGCGGUACGAACGAUGGUCCCUCCCUUGCCCCUGUGCGGGACAUCUUGCACUCUGGGCACAGUACGUCGAAUGUUGAUAAACUGUUUAUCUACAGCAGGUAGCGCAACAAUCGUUGUAAUACAAAAAUUAAAAAACCACUCUAUAAAACGCAUACACCGUGAUUACAGCUGUGAUCUGCAAAAAACAAAUAUACAUAUUUUUACAUAUUUGUAUUCUGUUUGAUAUCUUUGAUUCGAUCGUUGAAGAUAUUUAACAAAAACUACUGUAAUUAUAUAAAAAAUGCCUGUCGAUGUGUAUGGAUGUAUUUAUGCUGCUACAGUAGCAGCUGGUGGUAUACUCGGUUAUGUAAAAGCACAUUCGAUUCCUUCUCUGAGUGCUGGGCUUCUCUUUGGAUCUGUUUUGGGCUAUGGAGCAUACCAAACUUCACAAGAUCCCACUAACAUUAAGGUCUCUGUGGCAGCAAGCUUAGUUCUUGGUGGAAUAAUGGCUUAUCGUUAUCAAGCCACUGGUAAAUUGAUGCCAGCUGGAAUAAUAGCUGUGUGCAGUGCUUUAAUGGUGGUCAGAAAUAUUGUAAGAUAUUAUGGAACAUCUAUGAAAGUACAAUAAAUAAUUUAAUGAUGUUCCAGAAUUUAUUUUCUUUUUUAUAUUUUAGAAUAUUUGAAUUAUAUGUAUAUAAGAUAUAUAAGGUAUAUGUAUAAUAUUAUUUGUAUGGGUUAUAUGGAUACAUGCAUUUUAAACAUAAAUAUAUUCUUCCAAAAGAGACAGCAUAUUACUAUUUUAAUCUGAAACGAUGUAAUUAUUGCUGUUAUUAUAUUACACAAAAGAGAAUUAAGAUUGUACAAAUAAUGCAUUUUUUAUUUUAAAUGUACUGACAAUUUAUUUAAAUGUUAUUUGGAAUGUUUUAUGACUCGAUGUCCUUAAAAUUACAUUUAUUUAUUUCUAUGUAGGUAUUUGCGCUGGUUAUUGAAAUGAUUAAUAAAAUAUAAAACUCGUCUGUAUCAA